CCUUUCCCCUUAUCCAUCGUUAGAUGCUUCUUCUUCUUCACCAGUGAACAAGAAGAGUUAGAGAUAGUGCCUUGGCCCAAAGCGAAAAAAAAAAUGGCGGUUUCUCUCCCGAACUCGUUCUUCCAGAUCAAUCCAUGUGCUCCUUCUCUCGUAAUUAGAAAGCCGACUACGGCGGCGGCAGCGAUUGGCGCGAGAGGAGGAAAGAAACCGGCGGGAAGCAGUCCCUCGGUGGUUCAAGUGACGUGCAGGAAGAAGGAUCUGCACCCCGAGUUUCACGAGGACGCCAAGGUCUACUGCAACGGGGAGCUCGUCAUGACCACCGGAGGGACCAAGAAAGAGUACGUCGUCGAUGUCUGGUCCGGUAACCACCCGUUCUACCUCGGGAACCGCUCCGCUCUGAUGGUUGAUGCUGAUCAGGUUGAGAAGUUCCGUAAGAGGUUCGCCGGGCUGUCGGAGAUUAUGGAGAUUCCUGUCCUGAAAGGAGAGAUCGUCUUGCCGACCAAGAAGAGCAAAGGUGCUGGUAAAGGGAAGAAGAAAUGAUGAGACUGUUACAAUGUUUUCUAGUUGUCUUUUUUUAUUAUUCGAUCGAAAGUGGACUGCUUUGGCGCUGUUGGUUUGUAUGUUACAUUUCUUCUGAAUUCAAAUGAUUAUGCUUU